UUCCAGAUAGGCAAUCUCUAAUAGCUCUACUUUCCUGAUAGGUUUGGAAGGACAUCAUUCUCUAGCCCUGAGAAAUCAGGACUCUGUAGCAUUGUGCUGCGUAAAUGAAUCUAAGGGAUCCGUCACUGUUGCUUCCCUGACAUUCCUUUUCUGGUGUUGUCCUGUCUACUUUUUUGGCGAUUUUAGAUCACAAAACACCAUGAGCACACGCUGGCGAAAGCGCCGUGGACAAGCUGUCAAUUCCAAACGAGCUCAGAAACGAAGCAAGCUGCUGGCUUCCAGUGCAGGUGGAACUUCAGAAGCCCAGCCAAUAGACCUUGAAGAAACUGGUACACUUUAUUUUGAGCUUGCUGUUGAAGAAAUCAUAGAUUUCACAGGUGAAUAUUCUGGGCUUGAAGUUGCCAAUAUAACUGGUGAUGAUUCUGUUGUGCAGUGGGAGCACAAUGAGAAGCACCCACUUGUUUCCGAAGCAGCAGAUGAAAUUCACCAGUGCUACCAGCGAGGGAUAAUGAAGAAGUACCAGCAAAUGAUGAUGACUGUGUAACAGAAAAAGUGUCUUUCUAAAUCUAAUUCUUGACACAUGGUUAAAACAGGUGUUUGCCAAGCUUUUGGGUUCCCCUUGAUUCUGUGAAAAAACUUCAGACCUGGAAUACAGUGGCCUGACUGAAAGAGAACUAAUUUUAAUUAAAAAAUAGAAUAAA